CAUUUCAAAACGCGGCGUGACUCGUUUCUGUUUUUUUGGUGUUAUACUAAUUCCGUCUGCUGUAUUCUGAGAACAUUCAGGCUUCAAUAAUGGAGAAGAAAUCUAGGAAAAGAAAGCAUUCUAAGAAUCGCCUUGAUAAUUUUGGAGCAAAGAAGAAGAAAGUUGAAAGUGGUUCAGUCGUUGUUUCUGGAGAACUUAAAGUUGAACAUAAUCUAACAUAUGCAAAUAAGCCAAAAAGGAAACGCCCUUUUUGGAAAGAGAAGAAAAAUAAAAAUUCACAGAAAAGAAGCGUGCACAAUAACGAAAAAGAUGGAAAACAAAAUCAUAAGCAAAAUUCUGAAAUAACUGAUAUAAAUAAUGCAAUCAGGGAUAAUACCAAAAUGAAACCAUCACUUAAAAUGCAAAACUUAAACGAAAAAGGUUAUCCAGCUAGAAGUACUGAGCUCAAAAAUACAGGUGUUUCACAUUGUAACACAACAAAUAAGACUGAGGAAGAUGAAGCCAGAACUAAAAAUUUGAGACAUGAGAAACCCGAAAAAAAGAAGGAAUUUAAGAAAAAGAGGAAAUCAAAGCAGAUGUCCGGAGAAAAAGUAACAUCUUCUGUUAGUGUGUCAUCCAACUGGAAAAAGCUAGCGGAGUCUAUGAAUUUUAAGACUGAGACAAAGACUGCAGUAAAACCAAGGAGUGUCCCUGUGAAACCAGUUGAGCAAGUGCAAGAUGAAAAGAAAAGGGCAGAAAGCCCUGAGAUAUGGUUUGAUGACGUAGAUCCAAUGGUCUUGCAGGCAACGGCUGCUACAGCCAGUUCAAAUUCACAACCAAAGAGUGGAUAUGAAGGUUUAACUCGUUGUAUUGCCAUGGACUGUGAAAUGGUCGGUGCUGGUUUUGACGGCAAAGAUAAUGAACUAGCUAGGGUCUCAUUAGUAAAUGAGUAUGGUGGGUGUGUGUACGAUAAAUAUGUGAAACCUCGGGAGAAGGUGACAGAUUAUAGAACAGCUGUUAGCGGUAUCACACCAGCACAUAUCAGAAAAGCGGAAGAGUUUGAUGUUGUUCAAAGAGAUGUUGCUGAUAUGCUCAAGGGUCGUAUCUUGGUUGGUCACGCAUUGAACAAUGAUAUGAAGGUCUUGUAUCUAAGUCAUCAGAGAAUUAAUGUGAGAGACACUGCAAGAUACAAGCCGUUCCAGAAAAUAAUGAGAACGAAUAGACCAGGUUUGAAAAAAUUGACUAAAAAGAUUCUUAAGAUGGAUGUACAGCAGGGCGAACAUAAUUCUGUUGAAGACGCACAAGCUGCUAUGAAAUUGUACAUGUUGCAUAGAAAGGAAUGGGACAGUGUAGUGAAACGAGCAAGUAUUAAACAACAAACGUGGAAGAAGAAACGGCGAUGAUAUCUAUUCAUAAAAAUCUGAAAUUUUUUUAUUUUCACUUCUUAAAAACAUGUGACUUUGGUAGAAGCUACUGUUACAAGGUCAAUAUUAAAAGAAUA